CAGACCUCAAAAGGAAAAUUGCCAUAGAAGACGUACAAAUGGUGUUACACUUUGUCAAAAACACAGAGAAAUCACCUUUAAAAAUGUAAAAAAAUACAUUUAUAUCAACUAACUUUAAAACGUCGCAAUGGGAUUAACACAUAUACUUUCCGUUCAGGUAUGUCCGUGGAAAUCUUUUCUCAGAACAUCUCCGGCAAGACUCGUCAAAACGGUAGUAGCCAGUAGAAGCUAGCAAGUCGCAGCUUCUUUGAGCUAACACAACACCGAUUUGAGGAAAUGUAAACAAUUUUGUCUCAUAAGACUUAUGAUAAGGUUAACCACGGUAGCAGAAACGCUAAAGACAUGGCAGACCGCAUUUACUGUUGGCCAUUGUUUGACGAGCUCACAAAGUAACAUAUUUAAAGAGAGACUGCUGAUAUAGUUUGUAGCAGUGAAACUAAAAGUAAUGGAGGUAAUUACUGGAUUAUGAGUGUGGGUGAUGGAGGACAACCAAUGUGGGGACGUGAACUAUCUCAUCCAAGAUGAAGACACGUUUAUAGAAGGUGUUAGCAACCAGGUUCUGUUUGUUGUGGUGCUCACCAUCACAUUCCUUGCAGGCAUCCUCACUUUACUCUGUAGAGAGGAGCAGCAGCAGAAUAUUCAUCCUGAGAAUCAAGAGCAUGUUCGAGCUAUCCGACAGCAGCUACAAACAGAGCAGGAGGAAAAUCCCCAGCCAGAACCCAGGCCGCAGUAUUACAGAGACAUGUCUUGCCCUGUGUGUUUACAACAAGCUGUUCUACCUGUUGAGACCAACUGUGGUCAUCUUUUCUGUGGUUCCUGUAUUAUAGCCUACUGGAGGUACGGCAGCUGGUUGGGUGCCAUUAACUGUCCCAUAUGUAGACAAAUGGUGACGUUGCUGUUCCCGCUGUUCAGUGAGCAGGCUGCUCCUCAGAGGGUCCUGGACGGCGAGGCGGAACCUCUGCUCAUCUUAAGAGACAUCAACGAUUACAACCGUCGCUUUUCAGGCCAGCCGAGAUCUCUAAUGGACAGGCUACGUGAUGUACCCACACUCCUUCGCCACGCUUUCAGGGAGAUGUUCUCCAUGGGGGGGCUCUUCUGGAUGUUCCGGAUCCGAAUCCUUCUAUGCCUCGUCGGAGCCCUCACCUACCUGGCCUCGCCGCUGGACAUCCUCCCCGAGGCGCUUUUCGGCCUGCUGGGUUUCAUGGACGACUUCUUUGUCAUCCUCCUCCUCUUUGUCUAUAUCUCGAUCAUGUACAGGGAGGUGGUCACGCAGAGACUGAACGGCUAGGGCGCAGCUCGCCAGUAAAAGACGCUCCGGGAGGGAGUAAAUGAUCCAAGGAAAGAUGAUCAACAGUGCUUGUUUGGUAACUGGUGCGGUCAAAUCUUCAGUGACGGGGGAUUAGUAAAGGUUGACUGUAUAGAACGCAGAACAUUUACGGUAUUUCGUCAAAUAGUAGCAUGGGGUGUCUUGUGAUUUUUAACCUCAGUACGAGGCACAACUGAAUUACACUGAAUUCAGUUUUGUGGUCAUUAUGGCUGCUCAUUAACUUGCAUGGGUUUUCUUUGGCUUCUAUCAAAAAUGUGCAUUGCAGGUUCAUUGAAAACUCUGAAUUGUCAAUUGAUGUAAACAGUUGUCCGUUUCUGCAUACUCUGAUUUGGUGACGGUAUAGAGAACGGGUGCCUAGUUUUUUUUUUUGGGGGGGGGGGAUGCAUUUGCCCAGAGGGGACAAAAGAAGGUGUUUUUAUGACAUUUGAGGUCAUUUGUUGUAAUGGGCCGAUGCACCAAGCGAUUUAUUGAAAGACGGUGUCUCAGCUGUUUAUCGAAUCACAAUGUUAAGUAGAGGGGAGACCACAAUUUGAGGAAAUGAGGUAUGAGCUUAUUGUUUUGGACAUUUAUGUUGUGUGAUGGGACCUUGUUUACAUUGGAUUCAAUGCCAACAAAAAUGGAUCGAACUGGAGUUGUAAGUUGAUUUAAUUUGUCCAAUUUAAACGCACGAGGUAUCAUUGUGCGACUCUUAAAAUCUGUUCAGCAAGCUACAUUUGUUGAUUAUGUUGAAUAUUCAUUGGUAAAAUAAAUUAUUAUUUUCAGUCA